AUGGUAGCCAUUGGGCCCUUUUGCCUGGCUCUGCAGAUUCUAGGUUUUUUUGGGCUAUCCUACCCUUCUCCACUAGUGUCCAACUCCUCGCAGCUCUCACGCAGAAUAAAUUCACUGGUGCCGACCAACAAGCGACCACAGGCAGAUCCCUACAAGGUCGCAGAGCAGGAAGGGGCAGCUUUGAGUGCUCAGUUCUCACUUGGUCCACAGAAUAUCGGCCAAAGCUACUUCACGAACUACGGAGCUCUCAGGAGGCAUGGCUGGACUCAACGUACUAAUGUAGCCAUUGAGGAGAAUCAACUUCCAGAGCCUGCCAGAGUCAUCCUGGGUCAUCCACUCGACAGAUCUGACACUCCGACCCCUCCGGGCUCACCUGCAGGCACCAAUACCGGCAAUGUCGAGCAGUUUCAGUGGCGCAGGAUUCUAUGGUCCCGCCGACAGCACUCUCAGCCUGCCGCAGCUUCUGGCGGAGGUAGCGUUAUGACACCGAUAUAUGGAGCCACUGGAGCCACGUACGACGUCUUCUACAGCAUGAACUCAACCUACGGCGCCAUCAUUGAUGGAACCCACGUCACUCCUCAGCAGGCUCAUCCACAAAAGACCGAAGAAAACACUUUCGACUUCAACCCAGACGAGGCUCCAAUGGUCCCUCUUAGCGAAUGGCAUGAUGUUAUGGCCUUGUCUUGGCAGCACGUGUGUGAGAAGAACAACCAAAAUCCGACGAAGCUCAAGUAUGUCCUUCGGGUGAAUCUCCAAGACAAGGAAAGUAUGGAAGUGUUCAUCGAACUACUCCCUUUCUUUGAAGACGAUACGCAAGACGAUGUCGUCAUCUUCAAAGCUGGAACGCGCCAGUUCAACGCUAUGUUGGGGAGCUCUACCGGCGUGGAUGUUGCCCAUCUGCUGCUCCAACAUAAAGUGCUCUUUGGACAGCGUCGCGUGACAAAGAUCGGCCUUUGGAGAGACCACAAGCAAGAAGUGAAGACGGUCAACAUCUUGUUCUGCUUCGACGACUGUGCGGUCUUGCCGGAUGAACUGGUGUCUUCACCAAGCUCGCCCAGGGUCGAUCGAUUCAGCCAGAUCUGGGAGGCCAUUACUCGCAAGGGCAAAGGCAAAAGUAGAGGCAAAGGCAAGGAGCGACAAUGGUAG